AUGGAUGGGCCGACGACACUUGACGCCGAACAGUUGGAGCUAUUAAGAAAACUCGAACAGGCAAACGAGAAACUGGCAGAAGACAUAAAGGCACCCACGACCUCUAGUUUCUUCAAAAAACAUUCGAGGCAGAAUUCGACAUCCAGCCUACUAUCGAACCUCUCAUCUACGUCAGCGUCAUCGAAUUACUUUGAUGCAUCUAACAACUGCAGCUGCAACUUUACUAGCCACAGCAGCAGCAACUUCACUAACCACAGCAGCAGCAGCAGCAACUUCACUAACCACAGCAGCAACAGUAGCCACAACAACUUCGCCACCACCACCAACAACAGAACUCCGAACAGUUUGGAAAUUAGCCCUGUAUUUUGUAAGGCCAACCAGAACGCAACAUCAUCAACGAUGAUUAACUAUAACAAUCAACUGCCUAACUACAGAGAUAACAAUCAUCAACAACAGCAACAACAACAACAUCAACAACAACAACAACAUCAACAGCAACAACAACAAUCUUCUUACUAUCACCAAGAGGAUCAGAGCCAACAAUACGCCAACAAUGCACCAGCAACAACAUCAACAACAUCUCAAAUGGAAAACAAACAAUCAUGGGAAAUGUGGGUUUCACUAAUAACCAAAUGGAACGCAAAAUCGUCAGAGAAGGACCACAAGAAGCCGCAGAGGCUCGCUAAACUUCGGCAAACUGCGGGAGACAUUUUUAAACAGGACUGGUCGAUCCCAGAUCCACUGAGGGGCCUGGUGUGGCAGCUGGUGAGUGGAGUUCGCGACGAAGGCCGGCCACUGCUUGUCAUUAGGAAAGGUGUUUUUUGGGGAUGA